UUGCCGUUCGUACAUUUUUGGUGUUCGUGCUUCAUUCUGCUUUGCGCUGUGCUGGAGCGAGGUCUCCUCCGUUUUCUGGAAACUCGAGUACGCUUGUCCCAUCCUACAGUUGACAAUACAACUCGAUGACGUCAGGGGAAGACUUUCCGACUGUGCACGCUGGUUUUUCGUCCCAUGGAACUGGUGCCGGCGAAGAACUGCAGUCUGCCGCGCGAACUUCGUUGCAGAAACUGCUCCAUGGAGGUUGGAGGCGUACAUCAGAACUACUACAUCCGGUAUCUGCUGAAAAGAGACCUUCAGACGCCACGGGCCAGGACAACAACGAGCACCCCGACGGCAACGAUAAUUAUUCCUGCGUCGGCCAGUCGUUGCGAACUAACUACAGCAACGGCGACAGCGGCACAGACCACCACUACGAUAACCACCACGACAACAGUAAUUACUGCUCCGUCGGCCACGCGACAAUACGGCGGCAGUACUCGUGCAAACUCUGCAAACUAACCACUGCAACGGCGACAGCCACACUCACCAUCACAACGAUGACAACCACCACGACAACAAUAAUUAUUACGGCCACCCGACAAUAAUGCGGCAGUACUGUAGACUCUACUACUACUACAGACUAACUACUGCGACAGCGGCACUCACCACCACAACGAUAACCACGACGACGGCAACCACAAUUAUUGCUGCGUCGGCCACCCGAAAAUACGACGCCAGUGCUAUUAAGCGCCUGCGUCUGUACUAUCUGGUACUGUGAGCACGUUAUAUACAGAGGUAAGUCAUUAUAAUUAGUCUAGCUAAGGAGACAAUGGAGACGUAUGUUCGAAACAUGCCAGGAACAAACGCUACUGACGCUUUCAUAGCAAGACACACACAUCGAUCGCUCGCUACAUUGUCAGACCACUGUCAGACAGACAGUUGAGAAUUGAAUGACAGAGUGAGACUUGCAGACUACUGAAAGUGCACUAACCACUUGGUCAGUUCCCCAAACCCCCAUCACUCUCCCAUCUUCGGCGGACCGAGAGGGCCUCGACGGCAGGCCUCGAGAUACACGUACGGGCCCCGGCACAUUAAGCAAGUAUUUGAGCGUGUUUGUUUGAUUUUAGGACAAUGACAUUGUUAAGAGCCUGUAUGAACUUCGCAGUCUCUCGACCUUUCAGCGGCCAUUUUUGUUUUAGAACAUACGCAGGGAGUGUUUCUAAAUCAAAGAAAUAGGGAGGUAUUCUGGCGCGCGAGUAAAUAUUCGCUCGUCAUCACGGCUCAGUGACACCAAGCGUCAGUCGUGUACCAAGCACGUAGUGAAAGUAUGCUCUUGUGAGGAGUGUACAUCACGAAACACUAAAUUAG